GCUAAAUGCUAAUCCACACUCUCUUCUUUCUCUCUCUUCUUCUUCUUCUUCUUCUUCAUCCAUGGAAGUUAACCUGUGUUGGAACCACCAUCACGCUCUCAGAUUAACCUCACGCUCUCCCUCUUCUUCUUCUUCUUCUUCUCCUUCCUUCUCUCUCUCCACUCUCCGCACACAGUUCCUCGGUUGCGCUCACAGUCUCAGGCCUCCGCCACCACUUCGCUCUCGAAACAAAUGCAACAAGUUAGGGCUUCUUCGCCUCCAUUCCCCGAGCUUCGUCUUCAAGGCCUCCUUCCAUUCUCACUCCGCCAUCGUCGUCGUCAUCAUAGUUACUUUAUCUGCCGUUUCUUUCCUCCACUUCACUCUCAACAAGAGAAAGAAGACUCUCAACCAGUCACGGGGACAUGCAAAAUUUGCAUUAUCACCACAAGGAAGUAAUGUUGGGAACCAGGUCAUUGAUAGCCACAUUCUUGGUUUUCCUGAAUUUCAAAGGGAUAUCCCACUGAAUGAAAUUGGUAAGUUAAAGGAUUACAAAGGAGAAGACAACUGUGCUUUGGAGGACAAAGAGACCCACCUUCCAUUUUUGAAAUCUUCAGUGGUGCAUGAAGCGGCCUUCAUGACUAAGACUUCAGAGUCAUCUUCUUCUGUUCUUGACUCUAAUGUUAAUGAUAACAGUUCCAAGGUAUUAGACGAGUCUUUUUUAUCUGUGGCAUUCCAAUCAAGUUCGUUACAAUCUCUUGCUUUUGCUGAGGAAAUGGCUAUACAAGUGGAAGAAAAUCAAGAUAAAGUUGACUCUGAUCCCGAGUUGCCUUUGGGUAUGGUUAAAUCUGAGCCUAAAGCUUCUUCUGAUUGUGUAAACAAUGCACUCCCAACAAUCAAUGAACAUACUAAAGAAAAAAUUGACCUUGGGGCCAUCAGCAGUGAUGUCCUUUUUGGUGAAUCAGUUAGGGGAGAGCUGUACAUGUUUUAUGAGGAUAGCAAGUCUGCAACUGGAUCCAUGACACCACUUGGUAGUUUAAAGUCAUUAUCUACUCGUGCUUCUUUUAGGAAUAGAAAAGUAUUGACCUCAGCAAUGAGAAACAUCACACUAAAAGGAUCAGGAUUAUCUACAGAUAUUCCUCUACAAAGUGCAGAGUAUGUUGAAGGAGCGGUUGAAAUUUCCAGUGAUAAAGAAGGCUACCCUACACAACAUGUAAGUAAAAGCUUGAGGCAAGGAAGCAGAUCUUCAAGAGACAGGGAAAUCAAUUCUGUGGAUUAUAAUAGUAACAAAGUUUUGUCUCAGAAUGCCCACUCAAUCAGGGUGCAUGUUGAUCAGAGAAAUGACCAAAUCAGGGUGCAUGAUGGUCAGAAAAAUGAUCCUUCAGAGCAUCUAAGCAAAUAUAAUAAUUUUCUUAAAGCUGGGAGGUUGCAUGAAUGUGUAGAAUUGCUUAAAGAUAUGGAAACGAAGGGUUUAUUAGAUAUGAAUAAGGUAUAUCAUGCCAAGUUUUUUGACAUCUGCAAGAGGCAAAAGGCUGUUAAAGAAGCUUUUGAUUACAUUAGGCUUAUUUCAAAUCCAACGUUGAGUACAUUUAAUAUGCUUAUGUCAGUUUGUACAAGCUCCCAAGAUUCAGAAGGGGCUUUCCAAGUUUUGCAGCUUCUUAAGGAGGCUCGACUUGAACCUGAUUGCAAACUUUAUACUACUCUGAUAUCAACUUGUGCUAAGAGUGGGAAAGUUGAUCUGAUGUUUGAAGUGUUCCACAAGAUGGUUAAUUCUGGAGUGGAACCAAAUGUUCUUACCUAUGGGGCACUUAUUGAUGGUUGUGCUAGAGCUGGGCAAGUAGCUAAAGCAUUUGGUGUUUAUGGGAUAAUGAGGUCCAAGAAUGUGAAGCCAGACCGUGUUGUAUUCAAUGCACUUAUAGCUGCAUGUGCCAAGGCAGGAGCUGUGGAUCGUGCAUUUGAUGUGUUAUCAGAAAUGGCAGUUGAAACACAGCCCAUUGACCCAGAUCACAUAACUUUUGGUGCACUGAUGAAGGCAUGCGCAAAUGCUGGUCAGGUUGAACGAGCACGAGAGGUGUAUAAGAUGAUACAACAGUAUAACAUAAAGGGAUCUCCAGAAGUUUAUACCAUUGCCAUUAAUUCUUGCAGCCAAACUGGAGAUUGGGAUUUUGCACUUAGUGUAUACAAUGACAUGACCUGGAAAGGGGUGCUCCCUGAUGAGAUGUUUCUGAGUGCACUAAUAGACGUUGCUGGACAUGCUAAAAAGCUGGAUGCUGCCUUUGAUGUCCUACAAGAAGCCCGUAAAGGAGGAAUACGUGUUGGGAUAAUGUCAUAUAGCUCAUUGAUGGGCGCUUGUAGCAAUGCAAGAAAUUGGCAGAAAGCAUUGGAGCUAUACGAUUAUCUUAAGUCUCGUAAAUUGGUGAAAACAGUUUCAACAGUUAAUGCUUUGCUCACUGCACUUUGUGAUGGAGACCAAUUUCAGAAGGCUUUGGAGGUUCUAUCUGAAAUGAAAGGAUUAGGAUUGUCCCCUAACAGUAUCACAUUCUCAAUACUUAUAGUGGCAAGUGAGAAAAAGGAUGAUAUGGAAGCAGCUCAAAUGCUCCUUUCUCAAGCCAAAAAGGAUGGUGCUGCCCCUAAUCUCAUCAUGUGCCGAUGCAUAAUUGGAAUGUGCUUGCGGAGAUUUGAGAAGGCUUGCUUUGUUGGUGAACCUGUUUUAUCUUUUCACUCAGGACGACCACAAGUUGAUAAUAAAUGGACAUCGCUGGCGUUAAUGGUAUAUCGUGAAACAAUUGGAGCUGGUGAAAAGCCUACAAGUGAAAUAUUGUCACAAAUUCUAGGAUGUCUGCAACUCCCUUGUGAUGCAUCUGUUAAGAAUAGACUCGUUGAGAACCUGAGAGUAAGUGUUGACACUUCAAGUUUGUCAAACCUCUGUUCACUAAUGGAUGGAUUUGGUCAAUAUGAUCCUCGCGCUUUCUCAAUACUUGAGGAAGCUGCUUCACAUGGAAUUGUUCCAUCCGUAUCGUUUAAAGUGAGUCCUAUUGUUAUCGAUGCUAAAGAAUUGCCUACUUUUACUGCUGAGGUAUACCUCUUAACUGUUUUGAAAGGUCUCAAGCAUCGCCUAGCAGCAGGUGCAAGAUUACCCAAUAUAGUUGUUUUAUUGCCUACAGAGAAAACAAAAGUUCCCUCUCCCAAGGGGGAAAAGAUUAUUAAACUUGCAGGAAGAGUUGGCCAAGCAGUUGGAGCAUUAUUGAGGAGGCUUCAGAUUCCUUAUCAGGGUAAUGAAUCGUAUGGGAAGCUUAGAAUUAAUGGUAUAGUUCUGAAAAAAUGGUUUCAGCCGAAACUUGAAUCUCCAUUCAGCGGAAAUCCAGGUGACUGGAGCUCAUCCCAAUCACGACUGGGCAAAAGUAUUAGCCAUCAGCAGCGAAGCAUUCGAACUGGCAAUUUGUCUUUGGACUAAGUGUACAUGUAUUGAUUACCAGCGGAAGACAAGCUUCUGCUUUUUGCCUAAUACUAGCGCUCCUACCACCCCUUCAAAAACCAUCUUCAAUAUUUUUUCAAUAGAAGUUGAAAGCUCCUUCAUACUAAUGGUAUAAUAGAAGAGCGAUUAAGACCCAAGAACGCAGAUAAUGCCUUCUUGAGUGCUGAGGCCAUUGAAUGUUAAGAGCAGGACAAGUGUAGGACAUCUCAGCAAGUUCAUUUUGAUGAACAAGGUCUUACCCCCAUAUAAUAUAAGACGGCACAGAUCUCGUUCUUUUGUGGAUUAACUGCAGCUAUUCCAUGGCCUUUUGCAACGCGGAUUAUAUAAAAGUAUGAUGAUAGAGAUGCAGAUAUUUGAUUUAUCUGUUAUUGCUACUUGUAUUUUGCCAGAACUCUCUAGGUGUAAAAUAAAAAUAUGCAAAUUGACAAAAAGUAUCAUAUGAUUUUGAUAUUUAUAAGUUUUUCUAUUUGAGAAUGAUUUGGUCCUUUAGAUGCUUGAACUAU